AUGAUAAAAGAAAUAAACGAAAAGUCAUUGACUUGUAUAAAUGAGCUUAGAACUUUAGGGAAAGCAUUGGCCAUAAAUCAAUUAGAAACAACUGUGAAAAUAAACUUACUUCCCCCUUCCGUGAGCGAAUAAAAAAUUUUGUUUGAGGGGUAAUUUUUUUUUAAAAAAAAUUUAUAUAUAAAAAAUUAUGUUUUUCAAAAUAUAAAAAAUUGAGAAGUAAAAAUUAAUUUAAUUUGCAAAAUUCAUUUAAGCUUUUUUAUUAAACAUAAUUAGCUAGAGAUUUAACUAUAAUAAUUAUAACUUAUAUAUCAAUUUUUUUUUUCAUAAAACAAUUUUAUAUUAAAAUUUUGGUUCUCUCACUGAGGGUGAGUUAGAAAACUUGAAAGCUCAUAAUGAAAAAAUUGAAUCGAUGAUUAAACUAUUUGAAAAUAAAGAUAUUGUACCUCAAUUAAAUUGCAAGAAUUUGCAUAUUGAAAUAAAUGUAAAUGAACCUGUUUUUGAAAGGAGUGACUAUUAUGGAGCUCAAAUUGGCGAGAUUAAUGAGAUAAAAUCAAUUGAAAGCGGGCAAUUAGUAUAUAAAUAA